AACUUAACACCUGAUACAGGAGAGAACAAUAAUAACGUAGAAGACGAAACCAUGAGAGACAGGUCAGAUAAGAAAAGCACAAAUGAAAAUGAAAAUCAACCCGUCGAAGAAACCGUGCCAGACUCUGCUUCCAGGAAAAAUGACGACGAGACUGAAACGACGAUUAAUAUCCGGCUUCCUCCGAACAUUACCGAGGAAAGUUCAGACAUAAACAAUUUGAGUUCUCCAACUAAAACACACAAUGUUUCACUUUUAAAAAAAGAUUCUUAUUGUCUUACGAAUUGGAAGUACGGGGAUAACAUAAAUAAGACCAUCAAUAAGACGCAAGUACCGUAUCCACCAGACUGGGAAGCGAUAGACAGUUUCACAACGGCAGGAACAAUGAAAAGAGAGACAGAUACGGCCAGCUAUAGGUAUCGGAAAAACAGGAGAAACAUGGUGUUCUUCAUGGUUGGAUUAUUUGUAGUGGUGGCGAUAGUAGCUUGUGCUAUUGGAGUUGUUUUAGAAUUUAAACUUGGCAGAAAUAACUAUAACAACAACACCAAUGAAAAAACAACGGAAAAUAAUAACCAUAAUAAAGACAACUCAGAUGGGAAUACUUUUCAAG